CGCAUCCGGGACGCACGUGUCAAAGGCCAAGCCACAUAUGGCCCAAAUAUGUUGGGCUUUGCAGGCAAGUUUCCGUCCGCUCACCGACCACAAGAGAAAUCGAGGGGCGUCACACCGCUCUGGGCAGGGCAUUCUAGACCUGAUAAUCUCAACAUGGCGCCACCGUCGUCCCCAAAGAGGAUCGGGGGAUUGAAGAAGGGUGCUGAUCCCGAUCUGACGCCUCUUUUGGAACGCGGUCUCGACCCAAGGCCUGGGAGACACAGGCGAGGAUAGAAGCAAAGAACGAGGCUCGGACGGCGACAAUUAGGAUAAGGCCUUGACUGGCUCCGUACACAUGCAGACAGCCGUUGGCGUGUGUGUCCGAACUGCCGGCAUGGAGGCAGAUAACACUGUGCCACUGGGCAACUGCCCAGGUAGUCCAGACUGCCGCGGCCCUCCCGGGCCUUUCCGGCUGGGCGACUGACGGGAAAGCGUAGUUGACCUGCUAGCCAUAAUGACUAGAAGUGAUGUGACGUCGUCGGCAAGGCCAGGAACCAACGACAGCGACCAUGAGGUAAUGUCAGCCAGACCUCUCGCUGGAGAGACGCGCAAGUCGUGGAUCGUCCCGUGUUGUCAUGAUGCAGCUUAUGCUGCCGUGCCAUACCAACCGAGAUGCUGCACGGGUUGCUGCUAGCGAUGGUGAUUUCAGAGGGGCGCCGAUCAAAAGAGAGGCAAAUCAGGAGGAUGGCGGUUGAUCAAUGCUUGCUGGCCACCAGUCGGCCAAGGUGGACAGUGGACCGUGGACCGUGCCUGUACGAUUUCGGGGAGGGCAUGAUGGCGCGCCUUGGCACUUUGCAACAGGCGUGGCACAGACAUGAUAAUUUGCAGGGGUGCCAUCCACUCGCAGAGCUGGAUGGAAAGGCCUGCAUAGGCUACGACGCGCUGUCAAGAGUGCAGAAAUGCGCGACAGCUGCACGUGCCAAAGAUAGCGACAUGAGCGGCCGUGCGGCGGAUACCGGCCAGGGCUUUCCCGGAUGGGCCCGUUUGGGUCGGCGUCAGGUGCGAGUGUAUCGUGCUUGGUUUCGUCUCUUCGUGCAGGGUGUGGUCCAGGUACCUGGUAGCACCAUUUAG